GUCCGGGAACUUACUCAGUUUGCUCCAGAGCCGAGUGAGACCACCCGGGCCCAGACUCUGAUUUACCCGGGUUAUCUGGUGCUGAGACUGGGACAGGAGACGCAGCAGAAACGCAGAGACAGACGGGACCUAUCGGGUCGGGUCGGGUCUUCUCUGGUUUGGAUUUUUUCCUCCCUCGGAUCCGAACCCGCUGCGGGUUUUCGGAGACUGCCCCAGUUCUCCCGUGUUAAGAAGGCGCCGAGGACACCUGAAGUCUCUGUGCGUAAAUCUGUGCGUUUGGAAAGCUUUUUGGAGACUGACUGACUGAUUUACAGGCGGGUCAUGUGUCGGACGGUGUAGGAGUCCAGUUCUCACCAUGGAACCUGUUCAGCUCCUACUCAUGAUCACGAUGAUGAAGGUGAGCGGAGCUGCCGUGAGGCCGCAGGUGUCUGGCAGCAGAGUGACAGAAAUGUUCACUGACACUUUGGUUCAUGGAGGAACAAGAAACAAACGUUACACCAUCAACCCGCUGGGACAUAGGUGGACUCACCACAACAUCACGUACAGAAUCAUUAAGUUUCCCAACACCCUGAACAUGGAGGACACCAGAAAGGCCAUCAGCAUCGCCUUCACCAAAUGGAGCGACGUGUCUCCGUUGACCUUCACCGAGGUUACCAACAAUAACGCCACUGCUGACAUCACCAUUGGUUUCUACACCUUCAACCACACCGACUGCUGGUGGUCUCCUCUUCACCCGUGUUUUGACGGUCUGAACGGCGAGCUGGCCCAUGCCUUCCUGCCACCACGAGGUGAAAUCCACUUUGACAACCAUGAGUUUUGGAUCCUCGGCAAGUCCAGGUUCAGCUGGAAACAAGGGGUGUGGCUCAACGACCUGGUCCAGGUGGCGGCUCAUGAGAUCGGUCAUGCUCUCGGGCUGUGGCACUCCAGAGACCCCCAGGCUCUCAUGCAUCCCAACGCCACUUACACCGGACAGAGGAACAUUGCUCAGGAUGACGUCUGGGGCAUCCAAAGACUCUACGGGUGUUUGGACAAGAAGCGAGUGUGUGAUCCCUGGGCUCGACUCGGCUUCUGUGAGCGCAGGAGGACCUUCAUGAAGAAGAACUGUCCUCGGCGCUGUGACCUCUGCUAUGAGCCUCUGGAAGCGGUUACCACGCCAACACCGUCUCCAGCUAAUGUCAAGAUCAAGAUGGUUCCUCGGGGGAAGGUGGUGGGUUUCCGCUGUGGAACCAGAAACCUUCGCUCUCCACCCAAAGUCAGCUGGUACAAAGAUGGCGAGCAGAUUGUGACUUCCAUCCCUGGCUACAUCAUCAUGAAGGACCGAGACCUUCGCCUAGUUGCCAACGAGUUCAACGAGGGUGUUUACACCUGUCGUGUCCAUCGACGGGGCGACACUGUGUCCACCAACUCCUGGGCCGUCCGACUGAAACCGGGGCAGCCCUCCAACAGCUGAGGAUGUCCCCAAGGAGCAGGAAGGAUGGUCACAUCCAGCCACACUCAACAGGAUGAGUGGAGCUGCAAAACACCAGACACUUUUGGUAGUUUUCAGGUAUUUCUGAUGGCCCAUUCACUGAUACUCAAGGUGUUUAUGUCUCAGACAGGAUGUCUGGACAGAAAGUACCCUUAGUCCUGUAGAAACUCUCACAGUGUGGUCCCUGUAAUCAUCUCAGCAAGUUGUUACAUCCUUGUAAUACUGAUGAGGUGUCACACCUGUGAUCCUGUAUGACAUCAUGUUCCCAUAACGUCAGAGGACAUCAUGUCCCUGUAGUUCUCAUGGCAUGACAUAAUGUCCUCAUGAUGCCGGAUGUCAAGUACUCCAAAUUGUAAUCAUUUUCACAAAACGAGCCCUCAGGACAUGAUGAAGGGGUGUUGUACCUGCGAUUUACUGUAUAGUGUGAUGUCAUGUAUCCAUAUUUCUAGUGGGAUGUCAGGCCCCAUAAUUCACAAGGGACUUUUACUUCACUGUGACAACCGGUGGAGGUGGUGCUUUAUUUAAGCUCCAUUUAAAUUUUCAUGUCCAACAGCAAAUAAACUUUGGGUUGUGCAGCCUCACACUACAAACUGUAAUUGUGAAGAAUCCAGUGUUAAUACCACUUGAUGUACUAGGAUUUCUCUCAGUCACUUAUGGUCAAUAUGAUCAAUGCAGUCAUAAAGGAAAUGUUUUAUUUGUACUCACAAGGCUCCACCAGAAUGAGGUUUGUGUUUGAGCAGACAAAGCUGCCCCUGUUCAGGUUCCUUAACUGAGAACAAGUUUUUUUGUUUGUUUGUUUUAACAAAACUCAGCUGUGUGUGAUAUGGCUCAAUCAUACUGUAGCUGUAGAAAUGCACUGAGGUGCUAGCUCACAUAGAGCAGAUGAAUUAGUUGCUUAGCAAACACAGAGACAUUAGCUGUCCUGUGCCCUUUGACCUCUAACCACGUUCACGAUCAUCCUCUAAAUAACCCAGUCUGAUUGCUGAUCCUCUGACAUCUGCACAGAAACAAACUGCUCAAUGUCUGAUCCAAGAUAUUAACAUUUCUGGAAAGUUCUUCAUAUUUCACUGUCUUCCUGUCGUACUCGACACUUGACCUUCUGUUGGGACUGAUUUGUGUCAUUUUUCUGAACCAUUUUUCAAACUUGUCACUGUGAAAAAAUUGGACAUGACGUUGUCUCAAUUUUAUUUUAGAUUCAGUUAACCAGGUCACAAAACACCUGGAUUUCCUAACUCUGAGGAUAUCUACCCUCUGGUUUACACUCUUCCAUGACAACUGUACGUACGGUGAUUUUUUUUUAUAACUGGCCCAUUUAAAUUAUAUUGACACUAAAAGUUACGCAUUAACUAUGGGCAUGGCCACUGUGAGUUACAAGCAGGAGGGUCCUGCCACUGGUGGCUAGCUUUAUUCUGCCCAUUCAGCCCAUCUCAGCUCCACUCACGUUCCGCUUCUUUGUCCAUUUUUGGAUUGCACCUAGCAGGUGGAGUGAAGCAUUACCAAUAUGGCAAUGGCCGGACUUGAGUUCAGAAAACCAAUGGGUCACGUCACAGUGGGUUUGUCCUGCUUGUUGCAGCUGGGUUGCUAACAGCUAAUGCUAGCUUUAGCUAAUUCCUCGGAGCUCUGUGAAUAAUCUUAAAACAAAGACACUAAAUCAUUGAAUUUGUCAUCAGCUGGAGUAUUACAGAACUAACGUACUCAGAUAAAAUCAUCCUGAAAAUAAACUC